ACCAAACUUCCAUUACAUCUCUCUCUCUCAAAACAAGAACACGAGACUUUCUAAAUCAUUCUUCUUCUGCACAUCGACAAUGAUCUCUGUCGUAAUCCUCGCUAAGCUACUGGUGGAGUACACAUCAGCUCUCGCUAAACUCACCGCCGGGAUGCUUCCUAGACGGCAAGGCGGCGACAACAACGUCGUAAGAGUUGGCGGUUUCAUCUUGCCUUGUCCUUCUCCUACGAGUACUAACCGGUCGUCGCAGUUUCCUGACUUUUCUUCUCAUCUCGUAGACUUCUGAUCUGUGCGACGACUUUGUUUCGGAUCUUCUCCUGCUUCUUGAUGUAAUCGAAGAGUGACGGCUGAGAUUUUUUCCAACUAGAGUAUCUCUGCCUUUCUUUCUGUAGGUUGUGAUGAAUCUCUUAGAGAUUUUGUAAAUUUUUGUAUCGAAAUAUAAUAGAAAGUUAUAUAUCUUUGAUGAACUCAUGAUCUUUAGUCUUUACCUAAUGAUCACCGGAAAAUUUAUGGUCUAGUCUAACUUCUUUUUAUUCUUUUUUUUUUUUGCCAUGGUUAUACUAAUUAGAUUUAAAACUUUUGUAUCAUCUACAAGCAAGUAUCAUUUUAUAUGAAAAUUCACAAUUUGGCAA